GAUAAAAUUGUUAAACUUGACCGGUUCUACUUGUCGGUCGAGCUUGUCCUACGUCUGAACGAAAAUAGCUUGCUGUUCAACAUUCAAUAUUCGUUGAUGAUGGUUCUCGAAAUAUUCGAGGAAGUAGGGUGGUAUAAUGGCUUUUUUGUUGUUGAUUAAUUAGUUUCGCUCAAUGCACGAUCGACGACUAGUAUGAAGAAGAGAAAACAACGGUUAUAUUACAACCGUCCAUUUAAACGGUUUGCUUUUCAUUACCUAUCCACUUCGACCUGAAAGCAAGUCUGGAUCAAGAGAUUGUUGUUUUUUUAAAUUUGUCAUUCAAUUGUCAAUGUUUCUUUUGUUGUUUUUGAAUCUUAUAACAGUAUCAAUUUUUCUUUGUGAUUUGUUUCAUCAAAAUUUCAUUUAAAAUCGUAUCAACUGACCUGAAUCAAGCUGGUUUGGAAAAAGUGUUUAUAAAUUAAUUAAACCGUUUUGACAGCAAAAAAAAACAACAACAAAGAUGCGUCUUUAUACCUGGACGUUCAUAUUGUUAUUCGUUCCAAUUUGUAUUCGUUGUGUUUCACAAGAAAGUGACAAAGCAAUCGAAUCUAAUUCAAAGGAUCUUGCCCAACCAAAAUUAGAUAAUGCAGCUCUUUUUUCCAAGCAACUUGAAAAUGACAAACUGAUAACAUCGUUAAUCAAAUCAAUCUUACGUAUCGCUUCGAAUGGAUUCAAAUCUGGUCUAGAAGCUUCGGUCCGUGGGAUUUUCGAUAAGCCAUUGACAAGUGCAGUGGCUGCCAUUUCUAUGGUUAUUGGUGCUGUCGCCAUAUUAGCAUUUUAUGAAUCCCCAAUUUCACCUUUACCCGUGCCUCCAUUGCCGGAUCCGCCUGUUGGAAGAUUUCCACCAGAACAUCCAGUUUGGCCACCACCAAAUCGUGGAAAUCAACAAAUUUCUUAUCAACCAAAACGUGCUUCCAUUCCAUAUCCUGUAAAUAAUUUAGCCAAUAAUUUCAUCUAUCCAAUGGGCAUGAAUACUUUCACAAAUCAUCGAUCUGAUUCGAAUGCACGAAUGCCAUUACCAAUGCAACAAUUAAAUCGAUUUCAGCAACAAAAUCAAAUUUCAAAUGCAGAACUACAAGAUCAACAUAAAAGUGAUUUGAAAAAUUUCGUCAAUCUCAAUCUAGAUGUCAAGAACAACAAAGUUAUGGAUUAUAAUAACAAACGAAUCGCAAUGGAAAUGAUGAAAAUGAGUCAGGGAAAUCAGACUGUUUCAUUUUUUUUUGUUAAUUCAAUGAAUCACAAUCGACCGAGACUUUGA